GUCCCGUUAGUAGUUUUCAAGCAAUGUGUGGGGAUGCCUCAAUACAUUGAGAUGUGGUGAUCCUUUACUUUUGAGAGUGAGUUAUGGAUGAACAACAUCAAGGUGAUGAUGGGAAGAAUAAAAAGGCGGUAGUAAAGAAUUCCAUAAAAACACUGAAGGAGAAGUUUGUACCUGGAUUGAAAGUCACUCUUUUAAUAUCUGCUGCUCUAAAUUUUUCUAUGUUGGUAAUUGGAUGUUUAAAUGUUCACAAAUGUCCCGUCAAUAAAGAUAUUCCACUUUUUUUAAUAGCCACUGGUGCUAUAGGAUUAGUGGCUAAGUUUGUAAGUUACAUACGGGAAAGAUUAUCAAAACACGUACAAGUCUUAUACAUCGAAUCAGCAUUGUAUAGUGUUGAGACUAUUUUUUUUUUCUUAGGAACUUAUUGGGUAUACAAAGCAUUUCAACCCAGUUACGAUCCUCUAGAUGGAAAAUCGUAUUGUAACAAAACAGCUUAUUUGUUUGCAUUUGUCUAUGUAACAGCAUUUUACGCUAUAAUUAUUGCAACUUUGGCGGGAUUUUGUUGUUUUAUAUGUUGUGCCCUGUGUUUGUUUGCCAUAGCUACGAGAACAGGCAAUCCUGAAUCUCCACCUGUAAACGCUGAAGAAACUCAAACGUCAGCUCUCAAGGUUGACGAUGAAACUGCUAAAAUCACUCUAGUCACCGAAACUCCAUAAAAACAAUAUAUUAUAAUAAAUUUUCACAUGAUAUAAUUAUGUAAUUUAUUGAAUUAUUAUGUUUUUAUAAUAAUCUUUUUAUUAUCAAAUAAAUGUAUAAUAUUCUAAAA